AAUUUAAUAAAUGCAAUAACUAUUUUGAGAUUUCUCUCUCAGAACAAAGCCAGUGAUCGCCGCCACCUGAUUUGGUCAUCGGCUGGCCGGCGGACCUUUCGUACCAGGUGCUCGUCCAUCUUUCAUAUGCUCAGCCGUUGUUCCCCCUUUAUUUUCGUUCACCCAGCCAUGCUGCCAGAAUCCGGUGACUGUCACCACACCUUCACUGGCGUUACCUUGCCGGAAAUAGAUGAAAUUGGCUGUCCUGUGUGAUGUGGUUAGGUUUUGUUCAAUGGAAGUAUGUAGAUCCGGCAGAUCUGUGACUAAAAAUUUCUCCGGCUUUCAGAUCUACACUACCACUGGCCAGGCCUGAUGGUGAACGAUUCGUCGGCGACCAUAUUUUGUCAUCCUUUCAUUCUUAUAAAUUUGCAAGCAAAUUUUCAGGUGGUACUGUAACCGCAACUUUAUAUAAACCUAAGCUAUUGAUAAUCCCACUACUGUCAGCUCUUCACGCGAGGACAACUUCAGUUCAAACUCAAAUUGUUUGGUACCUGCUGCAGAAUCAGUAGUAACAGACACGUGAGCUGGGUACCUUCAUAUGUCGUGUUUGGAAAUGGUGGAAAAUUUUGAACAUAUGAAGAAGAUGAUGAAGGUUGGCGUAGGUCCCACAUUUGCCAUAUGUUUGGAAUUUGUUUGAGAGUAUAUCAAAAGAGAAGUGUUACCAAUUUCUAUAUAUGAGCAUGCAUACUAUAUUUACCAAAAGGAAUGAAACUGCAACUUGGUGGGGCAGCCUUGUUCCUCAAUCAGUGGAGUCUUUUGGCCAUUUGAAAUCUGCAUCUAUUGAGCAGCCUUCCAAGGGGGACACUACUGAAUUUACUACUUCCUCUGAAUCUCAAUCAGGCGAUUCCAAAUCUUCAGAAAAGGCAGAAAAGCUUUCAAAUGUUCUGGAUGGUGUUUCUAUGAAAUCAUCUUAUAUGGACUAUCAUGGCCACUUUGAGCCCCUGAUUUAUGCAAAGUAUCCUUAUGGAGAGAAGUGCCUUGGGUUAUUCUCAGCUUAUGGUUCUCAAGUUUCGGGCCGCAUUAUGCUACCACUGAAUUUGACCUCUGAUGAAGGCCCGAUAUUUGUCAAUGCAAAGCAGUAUCAUGGGAUACUUAGGCGUAGAAAGUUUCGUGCAAAGGAGAUGGAGAAUAAAUUGCUUAAACCACGCAAGCCGUUCUUGCACCUAUCCCGCCAUCUCCAUGCCAUGCGCCGACCUAGGGGAGGUGGCGGCCGCUUCUUGAACACAAGGAAGAUGAAUGAAAGUAUCAAUGAUGAUACAAAUGGUACAACCAAGACUAGUAACAGGAAAUCUCAACCCACUGGAUCACAGAAUUCUGAAGUUCUGCAGUCUGAUCAUAUAGGCAAUUUUAACUCACCAAAGGAAACAACUAGCAGAAUGUCCUGUAAUUCAUCAGAGGUUACUAGCUUCUACUCCAGGGGAAAUCUUGAUACUUAUACAGUUCACAAUCCUAAGCCAUCAGUUCAGGCUUUUUUUGAUAUGAUGAAUACUAGCCAUGAUAUUCUCAUGGGCAGUAACUGGGGUUCUGCAGCAUCAGAUAGUUGCUGCAACCUCAACAUUUGAUAACGUCGUCCUUACUACAACCAAGUUGACAUCUCUGGACUAUGUUCCUACCGCGAUUUGGUUGCUAGAAUAGGCAGAUCAUCCUUGGCUAUCGACAGGCAGUUCAUCCUUGGCUUAUCCGCAUUAAGGUGUCGCCUCUCUCAUUCCAUCAGCUAUGAAGCUAUGUGGAUGUUACGAGGUGCUAAAACCUUAAUGCACUUCCAUCAUAUAUAGCAAUAGUAGGAUUAUAUAUCCUAAAUAUAAAGAAGUUUAUGAAGGUCCAAAUAAUCAGGUUUGCGAUGUUGUGCAUAUGUUGGUUUGUAAAAAUAGAGUUGAUCAUAUGUUGAUUAUUAAACUUGAUAUUCACUAAUGUGUAAUUUGGUAUGUUUUAGACUGGAAGUUGUAUUUGGAUGGAAGUGAAUGUUUAUGAUAUAAUAUUUUGGACAUAAGUUUGUAUAA